UUAGCCGCAGUGCAAACAGAACCGGCGUAUGUGCAAGGUGUACACCGAUUCCCGUCCGCUCGGCAGACCGACCAAGUGAACCGGUACAUUUGCGCGCGAAACAUGACUGUUCCUGGCUCCUGUUGUGGCUGUCAAACGAUAAAUAGCGCAGGAUCCGGCAGCCCGUUGAUCGCGUCGUUCUAAAUGGAUUUUUUCGGUCCGCGGCGAUUCCGAUCUCGCUCCAAGGAAACAACGUCGUUGCUCGAGAAAACUGGGACCGAGUAACGUGAAUCCUGCAUCCACGAGACAAUCGCGAGCGACCGCAGCCUACACCCACGGGAUCAAUUGACCCGGGAGGAUCAUAUUCGCGCUAACCUAUUUCGAUUUUCCACCUCAGAAUGUCAGCAGCCGAAAACUAUUACGCAACGAUCGUACUGUUUGUACUUACGUAUCCGUCAUUCUCGGCGAUGGUUCUUCCAAGGCCGCCAUCUUCGCCGAAUCAUAUACCGCAAGACCAAGGAUUAAGCGACAGAAAAAUCUACGAGGGAAAGGCUCUUCAAAGUUAUCUACAAAGUUCGAACGUCGAAAGACCGAAUACUAACGAUUACAGUUUCCUAGAGAUCGAGCUGCAGAGCAGAGACGACCUGGAUCCGGCGAAUCUACAGAACAUCGUGCACGCGAUGCUGAAGCCACCUGAGCAGGUGCAAAACGACAGCUACCCUAACCCAGAAGUGAUUCCACACUCGAUCUUCGGUGUGCGAGACUUCGGUCUGUCGCCGAGCUUCAAGUUAAAGAUGUUCGACGAGGACAAACACGUGCUAAUGGAACCGCCGAAGCUUCAGAAUUACAACGAGAAGCUUUACUACCUGAAGAACAACAGGCCCAAGGUCUACGUGAACGUGAGAGGUCACAGCGGCUCUUUUCGAAAAGACCCGACCACGAGAACGACUUCCGGCGACGACUCCAUGGAAUUUCUCCGAGUGACGCCAUACCUGCAGAGACAGGUGGACUGGAGGUCGCAUACUAACAAGAAGAGUCGGCUACCGAAAAAGUUCGACCGUCGAGUGGAUCAUGCCAGUCGGAAAAAUCUUUCUAGGACCACGGAAAAGAAGAAACUGAGUAGAUUAGCGUCGGUCUAUGGAGCGGACGAUUCCACCACCGAAAACUCUAUGGUGACCUCCAGCGAGCUGCCGAAACAGAUACCUGCACCACCGUCGAAGGUGCCAAGCAGAAGUCUGAUGACGCAGACCACGCCAGUGCAGAGAUACUCGUUGCGAAGAACGGACAUAUUGCCCGGAUAUAGUUUCCCCGAUGCCUGAUCCGCAGGACCCGUGAACCACAAGGUUCCAUUGUCACGAAAGCCUCAGUUCUAUGAGGUUUUGGAGUCAGAGACAUGGACAGGAACCGCCUGGGUUCAAUCUGUUAUAGACACUGACGGAUUUGAUUUUGAAGGAACUUGGACAUUGUCUUCGAGAUCUGUUUAUGGCGUAGUUUCCUAAUGAGAACGCUGUUAGGAAAGUCCAAGGAGUCUUUCAGUUUUCAUUUACACAGGGAGUUUCAUUUUGUAUGAGCUGUGUAGUUAUCUUCUAAAUUGCUCGUUAUAGAAGACAGUAGAACUUUGCUAGCAUUUGCUGAAAAUUCUGCGCCAAUUGCAAGAAAGGAGAGUCAAAUAGAGUGAAUUCUAUUUAUAUGAAUUCCACUUAUAUGAACUAAAUCUUAGUAGUGCCUGGUUAACUACUCCCAUUAAAUGAAUGAAUAAUCUUUUGUCAGUGGUGGGGGAGACACGUGGACUUAAAUCAUGUGAACCCGUUCGUCUCCCGUCAGGUUCAUAUAAAUGGGGUAGUUAAUAAUUUACAAGCUUUCAUAAAUUCUUCUGAUAUUUUUACUGUUUAUUCUGUUUAUUCUACAAUGAAUAAGUUUAUAAUUGCAUGAUUCAAAUGGAACACCCUGUAUAGUCUAGUUUUUCAAAAGAAGAAACUUGACGUAUCCUGAUUGUUAUAACAAUUGGCAUAAUUUGUGUUAAUUCACACUUGCAAAGAAGAAGCGAGCAUGUCACAGUUAUUUUAUUUCUUUUAUUUUUAAGUUGAUGUUUCCUAGAUUUGAAAACGUCACGCACCACUGCACCCAAGACACGUUCAUUGUAGAGAUUGUUUACUUGAGAAGGUUGAUGUACAGAGGAAAUUUUGAAAACGGGGCUAUGAGCCGGAUAAGGUUGGGAAACUAUGAACUACAGCGAUGUUAGAUAACUUACACCAAAUAAAAUUCGAUAUAACUCAAAGGAUCACGUAAAGGACGUUUGUUGCUGCAACCUGUAUGCAUUUCGUUCUCUAUGCAGUGUUCACUUCGUGUGCAUUGAACAAAUAGAUUCGAAUUGCAUUUUUUAAAUAUGUUCUAUGCGAGUUUCGAUUAAAAGAUUGUCUAUACUAAUUUGUACUCCGAAAAGUAUUUGACACACGUCUACUUUUCUUUGAUUCAUUGAUGAAUGUUUUUCUUUACAAUUCUGUGACCAGAAUCACCACUUGAACGAAUAUUAAAUAGUCAUCGAGACUUUGCUUCUGUGAUUACAGUGUCGUGUCCUUAUGUCUAAUGCAAAUUUUCUACUUAAAGUAUUAGCGUUUACUUUAGAAACAGUACAAACGUUUUGUGUGAACGUAUUAAACGAAUCAACAUAUUUUUAUAAUACCAACUCGAAUGUAAUUUGCAGUUGAAUAAAUGCGAGUGGUUUUUAAUAUAUUAAUUCGUAGCGGUUCUCAUAAUUCUUAUUGAAGAUGUUAUUGUAAUCUUUUAUAAAACCAGAAUUACAUAAGUAAAAAAAUGCACUUACCUGUUCAGCUUUCAAGGUGAGCUCUAUAAAAAUUUGCUGCAGCUUUUCGUUCACGAAAUUAAUGCAAAAUUGCUCGAAGCCAUUCUUCUCGAAAAUUUCGAAACCAUAGAUGUCUAAAAUUCCAAUCUCGAAACCAUCUGACGUAGUUUCCAUGGCUGCAUUAAUUUUCUGUAACAAAGUAGCACAGUUUACAUUAAAAAAUGAAGACAUGAUUGAAAAGUAUAUCUAUAUCGCUAUUAAAUAUAUUUAAAAAUAAUACAAUUUCUUUUCAAUUGAUCUUUGUUUGUAUUUCUUAUGUUAACAGGUGAAAAUUUAUAUUUUCAUUACAAAGAAUAUGAAAUAGAAUAUGAAAGGAUAUAUUACAAUUCAUUACUAAAUAUCUUCAUAUUUAUUUUAAAUGUAUACUUCAAGAAAAUACGACUCUUCAAUAA